AUGGACACUCGCAGUUCAUCGCCAGACCUGGACCCCGUGGCGGGCAUCACGGAGGACAUGGUGUCGCUGCCCACAUACAAAAAGGCGGGCGACGCAAGCAUCGACUUCGACGGACUGCUGCCACAGUCGAUCAAGCUCCACGAGGAUGUGCGAACAGGCUGCGGAGGCCAGACGUGGCCUGCAGGCAUGGUGCUGGGGAAGCACAUGCUGCGCUAUCACAGAAGCAAACUAGAGACUGCGCGAAUACUGGAAUUGGGCGCCGGCGGUGGACUGGUCGGAUUGGCUGUGGCGGCUGGCUGCGAGCUCCAGGCGCCACUCAUCUUAACCGACCAGGAUGUGAUGCUGGAGCUGAUGAAGCAUAACAUUCAGCUGAACAAGCUCGAUGGUAAGGCUACGGCCUCAAUAUUGGAUUGGGGCGAGCCAUUACCGGAAGCCGUCGUGGCGUGCAAACCGGAUGUUAUACUGGCGGCAGAGUGCGUCUACUUUGAGCCGGCCUUUCCGUUGCUGAUGCAGACGCUCAAGGAUCUGUUUGAGCUCAACGAAAACGCCGUGGUGUAUUUUUGCUUCAAGAAGAGGAGACGAGCGGACAUGCAGUUUGUCAAGGCCGCCAAGAAGGCGUUUGUGGUCGAGGAGAUUUUCGACGAGGACAGGCCAGUGUUUCAGCGAGAGUCACUCUUCCUUUUUACUUUUAGAAAGCGGGCGACAGGUGGCACCACCUCGAGCAAGAAAAACGGCACAGCAGCCAACCAUGCUGACCAAAUACAAAUCCAAAGUUGA